AUGGCCACUAGAGGGAGCACGGUGGAGGCAGAGAAAAUUACCACGAAUCCGAAUCGCCUCCUUAAGCUUCCAAUGUUCGCUGACAUAGUUAAAGUGGAUGAAGAAAAUGGAGAAGUGCGACUGGUACUUCCUAAUGUUUUGAAAUCUUUGAAAAAAGAACUUCGUCGUGGAGCUCAAGCCGUUAAAGUACGGUAUGUCUUUUUCGGAGUGCGAAAUCAGUGCUUCCGUCAGUUUGUUAUGCACAAAACCGACUUUCAACUUGCAUCAGCAUGCAUCAACAAGUUAAUGGUCGUUGAUAAGCUUAUACGAGGUUGUUACGAAGCUGUUGCUUCCCAUUAUCUAACGUUCCGUCAGAUUUUGCUUUCUUCAGAGCUUUAUUAG